UUGACAACACGGACAUUGGGAUUGAGAUGCCCUCAGCAAGUUAGCCAAUGAGACCAAGCUGUGUGGUUUGGUUGAUACGCUGGAGGGAAGGGAUGGGAUCCACAGGGACCUUGACACGCUUGUGAGGUGGGCCGAUGCCAGCCUCAUGAAGCUCAACCAAGCCAAGUGCAAGGUCCUACACCUGGAUUGGGGCAAUCCCAGGCACAGCUACAGGUUGGGCAGAGAAGUGAUUCAGAGCAGCCCUGUGGAGAAAGACUUGGGGGUGUUGGUUGAAGAGAAACUGAACUUGAGCCAGCUUCAGUGUGCGCUCACAGCCCAGAAAGCCAACUGUAUCCUGGGCUGCAUCAGAAGGAGCGUGACCAGCAGGUCGAAGGAGGUGAUCCUGCCCCUCUACUCUGCUGUUGUGACACCCCACUUGGAGUACAGUGUGCAGAUCUGGUGUCCCCAACAUAAGAAGGACAUGGAGCUGUUGGAGCAAGUCCAGAGGAGGCCACAAGGAUGAUAAGGGUGCUGGAGCACUUCCUAUAUGAAGACAGGCUGAGAAAGCUGGGGCUAUUCAGCCUGGAGAAGAGGGCUGCAUGGAGACCUCAGAGCAACUUCCAGUAUCUGAAAGGGGCCUAGAAGGAUGCCGGAGAGAGACCCUUCAUCAAAGCCUGUAGUGAUAGGACAAGGGGCAAUGGGUUCAAACUUAAACAGGGGAAGUUCAGGUUCUCCUGAAGAUAGGGGAAGAUAUAGGGAAGAAGGGGAAGAUACAGGGAAGAAGCUCUUCCCUGUGAGGGUGCUGAGGCACUGGCACAGGCUGCCCAAAGAAGUGGUAAAUGCUCCAUCCCUGGCAGUGUUCAAGGCCAGUAUGGAUGGGGUUUGGAGCAACCUGCUCUAGUGGAAGGUGUCCCUGCCCGUGGCAGGAGGUUGGAACUGGAUGAGCUUUAAGGUCCCUUCCAACCCAAACCAGUCUGGGAUUCUGUGGUUCCGUGGAAGUCUCGCGUGUGGCACGGAGCUCCUGUGUGCUGCUGACCCUGCACCAUCGCCCGUCCGGCCCGCGGGCCCUGGGGAAGCAGCUUCCCAGAGGCGGGUCCGGCCUCGGUGCCCCCCAGGCCCAUGCGCGCGGCUGGACCGCUGGCGGGAGCAAGUGCUGAGCCCCGCUCCCCUUGCCCGCCCUCUGUCGCGUCACGGCCCGCCCGCUCCGCCCCGCCCUGCCCCGGCCGGUCCCCGCGGCUCGUGACGCGGCGGGGGCGGGGCAGAGCCCGGCGGCGGUGGCGGCGGACGCUCUCUGGAGAGGCGGCAGCGGUGGAGCGGAGCGAGGCCGGCAGGAUGCUGGAGAUCCAGCUGGACGAUGGCGGCGUCGGGGGGUACCCGGGCGACGAUUACUGUUCGGGGUCGGUGAUGUCGGAGCGUGUUUCGGGCCUCGCCAACAGUAUCUACCGCGAGUUCGAGCGGCUGAUCCACUGCUACGACGAGGAGGUGGUGAAGGAGCUGAUGCCGCUGGUGGUGACGGUGCUGGAGAACCUGGACUCGGUGCUCACCGACAACCAGGAGCACGAGGUGGAGCUGGAGCUGCUGCGGGAGGACAACGAGCAGCUCCUCACGCAGUACGAGCGGGAGAAGGCGCUGCGCAAGCAGGCCGAGGAGAAGUUUAUAGAGUUUGAAGAUGCACUGGAGCAGGAGAAGAAAGAACUACAAAUCCAAGUGGAACACCUUGAAUUUCAGACUCGACAGCUGGAGCUGAAGGCCAAAAACUACGCAGAUCAGAUUUCACGACUGGAGGAACGUGAAUCAGAAAUGAAGAAAGAGUAUAAUGCUCUACAUCAGCGUCACACAGAGAUGAUCCAGACCUACGUGGAACACAUUGAGCGAUCCAAGAUGCAGCAAGUUGGGGGAAAUAAUCAAACUGAGGGCAGUCUACCUGGGAGAAGUCAUCGCCAGUCAUGGAGGAAAAGCAGGAAGGAACGUCCUAACUCUCUGAAUGUCUUCCCCCUCGCGGAUGGCAUGGUACGUGGGCAAAUAGGGGCCAAGAUCAUCCCAACACUGGACCACUGGCACCUCAGUGACCUCAGCCAGCUGCAGUCCAACUCCAGCUACAAGUGUCCUCAAGAUGAAAUGUCUGAAUCUGGGCAGUCCUCAGCAGCUGCCACACCAAGCACCACUGGAACCAAGUCCAACACUCCCACAUCAUCUGUGCCCUCUGCUGCUGUCACACCCUUGAAUGAGAGCAUCCAGCCUAUCAGCGAAUACAGUGGCACAACCAAGAGCAGUAAGAGAGCACGAGAAAAGCGGAACAGCCGGAACAUGGAAGUCCAGGUCACGCAGGAGAUGAGGAAUGUCAGCAUAGGAAUGGGCAGCAGUGAUGAGUGGUCCGAUGUUCAGGACAUCAUAGACUCUACUCCAGAGCUGGAUAUGUGUCAAGACCCCCGCCUGGAACGCACUGGGAACAGCCCAACACAGGGGAUUGUGAACAAGGCGUUUGGCAUCAACACAGACUCUCUGUAUCAUGAACUCUCCACAGCAGGGUCCGAGGUUAUUGGAGAUGUUGAUGAAGGAGCAGAUCUGCUAGGGGAGUUCUCAGGAAUGGGCAAAGAAGUGGGGAAUCUGCUGUUGGAGAAUUCACAGCUACUGGAGACCAACUCCUUGCCCAGAUCUAUGAAUUUUCUAAGAAUUAUAGCUGGUCUGAAUUGUUUAAAUACACCUGUUUCAACUGUCUGCUGGUUUUGGGCAUUUUUGCUUAUUGUUCCUUUCACACCUUUAAGAAAUGCUUUGAACGUUGUGAAGAAUGAUUUGAUUGCCAAGGUGGACCAGCUGUCUGGAGAGCAGGAAGUGCUGAAGGGAGAGCUUGAAGCAACAAAGCAAGCCAAAGCCAAAAUGGAAACCAGAGUCAAGGAGCUGGAGGAGGAGCUGAAAAGAGUGAAAUCUGAAGCCAUUGUUGCCCGACGAGAACCCAAAGAGGAGGUGGAGGAUGUAAGCAGCUAUCUCUGUACAGAAUUGCAGUGCUCCUCCCCUCUGCAGGACAACAUUCCCAUAGCUCAGCGUCGCCGCUUCACCCGCGUGGAAAUGGCCCGGGUUCUGAUGGAGCGCAAUCAAUACAAAGAGAGGUUGAUGGAGCUCCAGGAGGCUGUCAGGUGGACAGAGAUGAUCAGAGCUUCCCGUGAGCACCCAUCCGUCCAGGAGAAGAAGAAGUCCACCAUUUGGCAGUUCUUUAGCCGUCUGUUCAGCUCUUCCUCAAGUCCCCCACCAGCAAAGAGGACCUACCCAUCUGUGAACAUCCACUACAAGUCUCCAACAACAGCAGGGUUCAGCCAGCGUCGCAGUCACACCAUGUGCCAGAUCUCCACUGGCAGCCGCACCUUGGAGUUCUUCCCUGAAGAUGACUGUACAUCCUCAGCACGUCGUGAGCAGAAACGGGAACAGUACCGCCAGGUCCGGGAGCACGUGCGGAAUGAUGAUGGGCGAUUGCAGGCCUGUGGCUGGAGCCUCCCUGCCAAGUACAAGCAGCUGAGUCCCAACGGUGGUCAGGAAGACACUCGCAUGAAAAAUGUCCCCGUGCCUGUAUAUUGUCGCCCAUUAGUAGAGAAGGACCCAACCAUGAAGCUGUGGUGUGCAGCUGGAGUCAAUCUCAUGGGAUGGAGACCUUUGGAGCAGGAGCCUGGGAAUGGGCAGAAAUUGGAACCUGGACGUGAUCCCCUCACCUGUGAUAGGGAAGUGGAAGGCGAGAACGACAAAAGUAACCAUACGUCUCCUGAAAAGAAAAAGGCAAAGGAGCUCCAUGAAAUGGAUGCCACAUCCAGUCGUGUUUGGAUCCUCACUAGUACACUGUCAACAAGUAAAGUUGUAAUUAUUGAUGCCAAUCAGCCUGGCACAGUGGUGGACCAGUUCACUGUCUGCAAUGCUCAUGUGCUCUGCAUCUCUAGCAUCCCCGCGGCCAGUGAGAGUGAUUAUCCUCCAGGCGAGAUCUUUCUGGAGGGAGAUGUAAAUCCUGAAGAGUCGUCUGGAACAGAUGGUGUCUUGGCAGGAAUUACUCUGGUGGGCUGUGCGACCCGCUGCAAUGUGCCACGAAGCAACUGUUCCUCGCGUGGUGACACACCUGUACUGGACAAGGGACAGAGUGAGGUGGCUGCUGUCUGCAAUGGGAAGAUCAACCAGUCACAGUCCACUGAGGAGGCAACAGAAGCUACAGAGGUACCAGAGAAUGGUACAAGUGAGGCAGAGUCUGCUCAGGCCCGGUCGGGGCCCCUCACGGAGCAUGUGUUUACUGAUCCUGUCCUUGCACAGGCACCUCUUAGACAGAACGGGGAGAAUGGGCAGCUGAAGACAGAGUCAAGCACAACACUGCCAGAUCAGGAGUUGAAUGGAGAUGCUGCUGGGACUUGUACCAGUGCUGCCCCCACCAUGUGGCUGGGAGCACAGAAUGGCUGGCUUUAUGUGCACUCGGCUGUAUUCAACUGGAAGAAGUGUCUGCACUCAAUAAAGCUGAAGGACUCUGUACUAAGUCUAGUGCAUGUGAAAGGGAGGGUCCUUGUUGCUCUGGCAGAUGGAACACUAGCCAUAUUCCACCGGGGAGAAGAUGGUCAGUGGGAUCUCAGUAAUUACCACCUAAUGGACCUCGGUCACACUCAUCAUUCCAUCCGUUGCAUGGCUGUUGUGUAUGAUAGAGUCUGGUGUGGCUACAAGAAUAAAAUCCAUGUUAUCCAACCUAAGACAAUGCAGAUUGAGAAAUCCUUUGAUGCCCACCCUCGGCGGGAGAGUCAGGUGCGACAGCUGGCAUGGAUUGGAGAUGGAGUAUGGGUUUCCAUCCGCCUGGACUCCACCCUGAGGCUUUACCAUGCCCACAGCCAUCAACAUCUGCAAGAUGUUGACAUUGAGCCUUAUGUCAGCAAGAUGCUAGGCACCGGAAAGCUGGGCUUUUCGUUCGUGCGGAUUACAGCCCUGCUCAUCGCUGGCAACCGCCUCUGGGUAGGGACAGGGAACGGUGUCGUCAUCUCCAUUCCACUGACUGAGACUGUAGUCCUCCACCGAGGCCAACUCCUUGGGCUCCGGGCCAACAAGACCUCACCAACCUCCGGAGAGGGCAGCCGCUCUGGCGGAGUCAUCCAUGUGUACGGUGAUGACAACAGUGACAAAUCUGCCAGCAGUUUUAUUCCCUACUGCUCCAUGGCUCAGGCACAGCUCUGUUUCCAUGGCCACCGGGAUGCUGUCAAGUUCUUUGUCUCUGUGCCUGGCAAUGUCCUAGCAACCCUGAAUGGGAGUGUGUUGGAUAGCCCUUCGGAGAACCCCAGCACAGCGGCCACAGAGACUGAGGGGCAGAAGCUGAAGAACGUCCUGGUGCUGAGUGGAGGGGAAGGGUACAUCGAUUUCCGGAUCGGGGAUGGAGAAGAUGAUGAGACAGAGGAGAAUGCAGGAGACGCCACCCAGGUGAAGCCAGUACUUUCUAAGGCUGAAAGGAGCCACAUUAUUGUGUGGCAGGUAUCAUACAUCCCUGAGUGAGAAUUUCUCCUUUCCCACCAAUGUAAGUGUCCCUCCUCCUGCCUGAAUGCCAAGAUGUACAUACAGAACGCCUGCAUUAUACCUACUGCUGGAAACCAACCCCAGACAACUGCAAUGGCUCCUGCCUCAGACUGUGACCCCCUUCUAACCUCUGAACUUGCAGCUUUCAUCUUGGGCCCUUGCGCUUUCUGCGUGGUUGGGUUAUUGUUCUGCUCUGGAGUUGGCAUGUACAAGGAGAGAAAUGGCAGUGCAUUGAUGAAGUGAGCUGGAGCUAGAACUGUGCAAAGCGUUUGCCCAGUGCGCAGGAGCUGGCAGCUGAUGGUGGUGGGUCAGGUUCUCCGGCAGGUUGCCUCACUUCCACCUGCAUGAGAAAAAAGUGCAUCCCCUGCGAAAGCAGUGGUGGUGGAUCACAACUGCUAUAGCACCCUCGCAGAAAUCCUUUCUAGUUCACCAGUGGACUCUUCACCUUAUCUACCCUUAAGCACAGAAUAAUGUCCCACAGACUUGAGAGCAGGCAGGUCCAAGGAACCCUCAAUAGAAGAGAGUGUCAGGGCUUGGGCAGCACUUCUGCUCUUUGGCUGGAGAAGGCAGCAGUGCCAUUACUGUAGGGAACACAUCCUCCAGAGUUGCAGGUGGAAAGUCUCCCUCCUCUGCUGCUGUUGUCACAGCAGUUGUGUGCUGGCUGACUGCAUGUGACAGGAGAGGAUUGGGUGGUAGUCUCAGAUGGGAGAUGAGUGUUCAAUGGUGGAGACUACAGAGCCUUUGGAAACUUGUAGUAAAGGGGUGUACUGGAACCUUGCUUUUUUAAGAGCAGAAAAGGCAGCAAUACUUUUAACUCCCUCUUCCAGAAAUGCCAGGCAGAGAAGAACUCCUGAGUUCUUUCUGAAAGCUUCAGGAGAAAGCUAUCUCUGCUUAGCAUUUGUUGGCUUUUAAAGCACAGGGCAGAUGAUGUUGGUCUGCUGUGAAUUCUGCAUUAACACAUUGAGGUUACCUGGACUCACAAGGCUGUGUCCCCAUCACAGGAACUGCUGGAAAGAGGUGUCUGUUUUCCUUCACACUGUGACUGUCAGUUAGGAAAGACAUUGUAGGUGAAGUCGAGGUAUAGAAAGGCUGUGUAUCACCUGAGGUCACACAGAGAAAGGAACUGAGGCCAGAUCUCCCAACCUCUUUUAGCUAACAUCAUGAUCAUUGACUUUAUUACUAAGUAGUUUGAAAAGCUGGAAAUUUCUGACUCCUGAAAAGAAUUGACAACCCCUGAGAAAAGUCCUGCCGGCCCUCAUCGUGUGAGUAGUGCUGGGGGAUUGCAAAUGUGUGUCCUGCUUACAAGAGAAGCAGCAAAAAAUGGGGCCGGGGAGAGUGGUUUUGAGAUCCAGAUGCAGAACAUGGCCGCUCCAGAUGUAGAGGCAAUGGUUUGUCCUCCCUUUCUGACAGUCCUGUCUCCACAAGAACAAGUUCUCUUUCCUUUGAGCGCUCCCUUCUGGAUGUGCAGGACUAGAUCAAGUAGCAGUUGCUGGCAAUGGAUUUGGAAGCUCCUAGUGGUCAUCUUGUCUGCACAUCUCUGAGCUGUGCAGCACUCGGGGGUUCAUGGGGAUGUUCUUGUGCCAGUGUGAUGGUAUGGGAACAGCGGGGAGAAACCUCCAUCUCUUCGAAGGCUCCUGGCUGUGUCCUGUGCUUGUUGCCACAGACCAGGCUGCCCCCAAGGCUGGUGGUCUAAAGCUACUCAUGUGCUGCAGGGAUGCAGUUUUCCCAAGGGAAGCUCUGACAUGUGGCAUCUGUCUCGAUGCAGCAGCACUGAAAUGAUUUUUGGAUCCACAGUUCAGAAAAGGCUGGGGCCCACAAUUCCCCUGCAAGGAGGCAAGAGGACAUCUCUGGAGAAGCCACCAGAGUAGAGCCACAGCGUUGCCUGUGACACGCGCCCACACCAAGGUGGAACACAGCUGGAUAGUGUCUUCUGGCUGUUGGCACACUGGGCUCUGUGGCUAGCAUGUGGUGAAGGGAUGCUUGGAGCCACCACUUGCAUGUGAGAGGACCUUUCACCAGGGACAUGUCACCGGGGCACUGCUGAUUGUGCCAGGCCUUGUUCACUUCCCCAAAAUGCUUUCUGGUAGGAAGAGCUCUUUGGAUCACAACAGAGUGCAUUGAUGUUAACAAGAUCAACAUUCAGAGCACAGAUUCCAGAGACAUGUAACAGUUGGUCAGUUAGGACCAGGUAAAGUUUAGGAUUUGGGCAUAUUGAAGAGGAGAGGAAAAAAAAAAGCCCUAGUAGGGCCCAGUUCCUUGACUCUGUCGACUCUAUAGGGAAGUAGAGAAUUGCAGUGUUCUUACCUCUUACUGUUUGUUCUCUAUCUGGUUUUAGCAGUUGAAGUGUCAGUACUUGGUUUCCUGUCACCCCCUGGGCCCUGCCAACACUAGGUAAACCCAUCUCAGGCCUCUGCCAACAGGUUCCUUUCCAGCUCGGUGCAUGUUUUCCUCCAGUAGAAGCAUGUGUCCAAGAGGGGCAGCUACAGCUGAGUAGAACCAGCCUCUGCUGUCAGCUCCUGGGGGCAUUUGGUGGCUGCUGGGCAGCAAGGUGAGAACUGACUGGCUUCAACGCACUUCCCUGUCAUAUCUCCACUGUGAUGUAUGUAAAGUAUCUUGUAUGUUACAAAAGGAUUUUAAAAUGUGUCUUAAGGCCUGUAAACUCCGCUCUUUGGUCUGAAGAUGGCAUUCUGUAAAGAGACUGCUGUAUGAAUACAUUCCCAUGCUUUGUCCCCUACGCUAUCAAACAAUAAACCAUAUCUGUUCUGUAUGUAAUAAAUGUGUUAACAUCA